GCAUGGAGAAUCAUCCACAUACCUGAAAAGCCUGCAUUGCCACCUAACCAUCAGCCAACUGUGAAGGUCUAUGCGAGUGUAAUCAAGCCCAAAUUCGCCAAUACGAUAGUGAGGCAUUUAUGCAAGACUUUUCCUCUUGAAGAUCUUCGUCAUGUUAAAAGGGUGCGAAAGAAGAUUCUUCCAGAUCAUGGUGAACCUCAGUUGACUGUCAUCUUAUGUCUAGCACCUGAGCACAACGAUCAUUUGAAUGAUAUGCCACCUGAUGUACAGAAACUCGUUGAGCCCUACGAGUUGAGUCCUUUUAUUACACAAGUAUGCAAAUAUGCUGCGGUGUCGAAAGAAGAGUGGGAAGAACAAUGUAAGAUAUGGCCAACUUCAUUUCACCCCCCUACCUACAAUAUAGAUGGCAUUGGUGGAUUCAGUGAGGAGGAGACACAAUCAAUCUGCAAGUUCAUGAGACUUGCUAUUGAUCUGGCAGUAUCUGGUCACAGUCCACUUGUAAACGCUGCAGUGAUAGUUGAUCCUUCAGUUAGGAGGAUAAUAGCUUGUGAAACUGAUCAAGUAUAUCCAUCGUCUGCUCCUCGCGACAUGACCUUCAAGGAAAGAGUGGAAGCUAACCACUGUCAGAGUAUUGACAGAGUGACUAACGCUAGCUCGGAGAUGUGCUUAAACGGCGUACUUGAAAAACUGAAUGGUUCAUUGUCUACUGUUGCUUGUCUGAAUCCCUGGCAAUGGAGUUUGCAGCCACAUGACAGUGAAGAGUGUAGCCAAUGGCACCCUCUAAGGCACGCUUCCAUAGUUGCCAUUGAAUCUUCUUCUGCAAGAGAUAGACAUCUGUUUCCCAAUUCAUCCCAGAGUUUAGGUCCGGAUCAUUCUCAACCCUCAAAUGCCGAUUCUCCAGCUAAAAAGCAGAAAACAAGCAGCCACAGUCCAUAUGUCCAACAUGACAGCAGAGAAGAAGCUCUUAGAGAGGCUUCAAUGGAAAGGCCUUACCUCUGCACUGGUUAUGACAUUUUCCUCCUAUGGGAGCCUUGUACAAUGUGUGCUAUGGCGCUUGUGCAUCAAAGAGUAAAACGAAUAUUCUAUGCUUUCCCAAACCCAACGGCAGGCGGUCUCGGGAGUGUUCAUAGACUUCAAGGGGAAAAGAGUUUAAACCACCAUUAUGCAGUCUUCAGAGUUUUGCUACCUGGACAUGCCCAUAAUUGUAGUACAAGUUCUGAUCAAGGAAGC